CUCAACACUACCAAUACUACUACUACCACCACCCAUACAUCACACAAUGCGCGCCAGCUUCGGAACCUCCAAGGCCUCUCUGUCUUCGAAGCGCGAUUCUGUGUCUCAGAACUCCCUGCGACCAAGCCUGCGCCCGCUGUCGACAUCCUCAUCCCUCUUUACGCCGACGACGAGCAAGUCAAUGCUGUCCCUUAACUCGCAGCCAAAUUCGUUGAGCGUGGUGGCGGAGAUGCUUGACGAAGACAAUUACGCUUGGGGCUCACCUGUCACGAAGAAGCAGUCUGCCCGCAGGUGAUAAAGCACCUAAGCAUACUAUACACCACGGUCAUCACUGGUGUCGAUCGACAUUCAGGAUGACGCACGUCGUACCCGGUGGUUGACGGGCUGCGUCGGUCUCUCGGUGAUUAGGGCAAACUCGAGGAAGCAUCUGCCGUGUAACAACGAAUGUCUGUGAACUAUUAGUAGUACUGUAUUACAUUACCUAACGAUGACUACAUAUCAA